AUGUCUACACUCGAGGAUCUUGUUAAGGCCAAGUACGAUGAAGCCCUGGCUUCUGGAGAGCUCGUCUUCACUGAGUCUAGUGUCGGUGUUGUCGAGGAGAACCGUGUGAAGUACUCCAUCCGCUGUGCACCCGGCCUGGCAACGAAGCCAGAAAAGAAGGAUAUCGACAAGGAGAAGACCGAUGGAAAGCCCUUCAACCCCUUCCUCCCACCAAACCCCGCUCUUUUUGUACAGGAGAUGGAACCGAAGCACACCGUUGUCCUCAACAAGUUCUGCAUUGUUCCAAGACAUUUCCUGUUAAUCACCAAAGCAUACGAAGACCAAACAAAACCUCUGAACCCCGCUGACCUCGAGGCAAUCUGGAAGUGCUUCGAGGGUCUGAGGAGUAAGCACAUGGCGUUCUACAAUUGCGGUCCAGCCUCGGGAGCGAGUCAAGGACACAAGCACGUCCAAUUCAUCCCUCUGCCAUCUGCGGAUGAGUUCACCCCCUUCCCGGACGAUAUCGUGAGGGCGCAGUCUUCGAAUGGUCCAGGGCUUGGGCAGCUGUUACAGCAUGACGCUAUCUCCUUCGAGCACUUCAUCCUUCCUAUCCCACGGAACCCGACACCUGAUGAUCUUGCAGAGAUUUACGUCCACCUCCUCUCGCCGACGAUUCAGGCAUGUCGCAUGGCCGAUUGCAAGACUAUCUCCUACAAUGUCUGCAUGACUCGUGACUGGAUGUUCAUGGCACCACGGGUAAACGAGGGUUGGGAUGGAUUAAGUUUUAACUCGACUGCGAUGGUUGGUAUGCUGCUCGUCAAGAGCGAGGUGGAGAUGGAGAAGGUCAAGAAGGAAGGUCCUAGCAAUAUUUUGGCAAAGGUUGGUGUUGAUAAGGGACAGGGAAAUGAGGAUCAGUCCGCUGCCCCCGAUGGCGGGGCGCUCGCGUCUUGA